ACUGUGGACAUACUACAGGGGAUGACCAGAGACUGCGGACAUAGUACAGGGGAUGACCAGAGACUGCAGACACAGUACAGGAGAUGGCCAGAGGCUGAGGACACAGUACAGGAGAUGACCAGAGACUGCAGACAUAGUACAGGGGAUGACCAGAGACUGCGGACAUAGUACAGGGGAUGACCAGAGACUGUGGACAUAGUACAGGGGAUGACCAGAGACUGUGGACAUAGUACAGGGGAUGACCAGAGACUGCGGACAUAGUACAGGGGAUGACCAGAGACUGUGGACACAGUACAG